UGUCAGUUCAACGUAUGGGCUACAUGAUCUCGAUUUGUCAGUCUAUUUGCCGACAUCCUUUAGAAUUCUGUAGUUACUGAGUGUUGGUCCUUGUGAUCCCCUUCCAUGCCCAUUUUUGCUAGUCUACGCUUCUGUGGUAUUCUUACUACAAUUUACUUUUAACUCCUGCCGUACGCGUCUGUUUCCUGUCUUACAAACCACCCGACAUCGCACAUUGCGCUUUCACUCUCUUCUGCACCUGUCACAUAUAAUCACUAUGGGUUCCUUCGAAGUCGAAACUAUGCUGGCUGCGCAGUACAACGUGCAUACGAACGAUGUCGAGAUCAACAGAGUACCCAUCCCAAAAUGUGGUGAUAACGAGAUCCUCAUCAAGACCAAAUGCGCUUCGUUGUGUCACUCCGACCUGAUGUUAUUCUGGGGCCACACAGCGGAGAAACCACCAACGGACAAGAUAACGAUCGGGCACGAAAACACAGGACACGUUGUAGCCAAAGGCCGUAACGUUACAGGCUUUGAAAUUGGUGAUCCAGUGGGUUGCUUGGGUUGCAGUUAUGCUUGCUACAAGUGUGAGGGUUGCCAGGUACACAAUCUUUGGUGUGAGCAAGGCACCGGACGGCUCCAUGGCUUUACGUGCCCUGGACACUUUGCAGAAUACUCACUAGCGGAUGCUCGUAAUGCUAUGGUCCUGCCAAACGAUAUGGACAUGGUAACAGCUGCGCCACUAUUCUGCGCUGGAAUCACAGCAUAUCAUGCUGUCAGGGGCUGCGACUUACAACCUGGGCAGUGGUUAGCCAUUGUUGGUUGCGGUGGCCUUGGGCAUCUCGCCAUUCAGUACGCCAAAGCAAUGGGUUAUAAAGUCAUUGGUAUAGACAUCUCGAAGGCGCAGCUGGACGCAGCGGAAAUAGCUGGUGCCGACUUCGUCAUCAACACCACGAUGGAUCUUGAAUUCGAGGCUAAGAUCAAGAAAAUCACGAACGGCGGGUGCCAUGCAACUGCUGUCUUCAGUGCCUCGAACAUUGCUUACGAGAGUGCCCCAAAGACUUUGAGAAUCAACGGGCUUCUGAUGAUUGCAGGCAUUCCCAAGAGACCAUUAUCAAUCAGUGCCCUCGAUAUCUUGCUUGGAAAAUACCGCAUCGGUGGAAGGAGCAGUGGCAUUCCUCAGAAGAUGCCUGAGGCAAUCGAAUUCAGCCACAAGCACGGAAUAAAGUCGCAUAUGACAACUUCGACAAGGAUAGAGGAUAUUCACGAGGCUAUUGAGCAGAUGAAGACAGGGAAAGCAUCUGGACGAUUUGGCAUUGUUUUUGAGUAGUGCAUGACGUUGAGAUUGAACGGACCUGAUUUUGACAAGACUUUAUGCCUACCAUCGUGAAUUGUAGCCUGCAAAUACACAUACUGAACUCUA